AAAACGAGGUGACAGCUGUUAUGGCGGGAAUUUUGAAACAUGAUUCGCAGGCAUGACACAAGUCUGAAGCCAAACAUAGUUGCUAAUGCCUGAGCAAUUAAAAUACGUUAAUCAAGGAACCUGAAUUUUGGUGCAUAACGUCAUUUUCUGUCACAAACACAUAUUUGUGUGCAUUGCUGUGACGUCACUGAGCAACUAAAGCUGCAAAUCUGGAGAAUGGUUUCAUUCGUUCGUCAAAUAUAGUGAAGAAAAUAUAAUUUUAUAUAUAAGCAAUAGAAUUGAUAAUCGGCAAGAUUACUGGAAUGUAGAUGCGAUAAAUGUUUUUAAUUUAAUAACGAAAGGUAUUUUAAUUCUACAAAAUUCUAGCAUUUUCCAAAUAAGCCUACAAGUAAAUCACUAUUUUGAAAUAAGUUAUGCCUUUUGAGGAAAUUGCAUAAAAUAUUAACGAUCAGAACUAUUCAAUCUAUUAGGUAGUUUUGAAACAACAUUUAAGAUUUGAAUGGUAAGAGGCGAAGGAGUAUCAAUUCCUAGUUAUAGAAAUUGAUUGACGCUAUAGCAACGGUCGGUGAUCUAGCUCUGAUUUGAGAAAACAGGUUUGCCGCCAUAUAUGUUUCAUAAUUAAUAAAACAUAUUUUGGUAUCCGCAGUUGAAUGCUGCACAACAAGAACACGAAGCAGUGAUAUCAUAUGCGCUGGAGCUCGGCCAUUGGAAAAGUUAAGCAUUUAAAGGCUGUCUAUAAGAUGAUGGGAAUCCUAAUGAAGAUUCAAAAGCAACAACUUUCGAUAAUCGGCUUGCUUCUCGUUGCUGUGGCAUCGUCUCAAGAUUUGACGUUGCUGAAAUGGAGUAAUGGAAACGAAAAUUAUUGUCUGACUGGGGAGAACUUGAACAUGAACGCAAGCAGUAGACUGGUAGGAUACAUAGGAGAUUGUUGCCAGUAUCCAAAGUUCAAAUUAGUCGAAGAGACGGUCGGAAAAUUCAGAAUUUAUGACGCAAAUCAAAAAACCUGUCUUGCAAGCUCGCAGCAUUCUAACCAGGCUGUCUUUACAGAUAUUGGUGCAAACUGUGGAGUUUUUAUUAUUGGGAGUGAAGUCAUCGAAGAAGCAUCUGGAAGCAGGAGUUGUUUAGUUUAUGACCCGUCUACAUUGCAUCAUACGUUUCAAGCCUGCCUUUCUACGAAAACAUACCAAUUGCAAAAGACUACUGCUCAACAGCAGUGCGCUCCUGGAAGUUCCAAUGCGAAUUUAACAUUUCAUUUUGCGAAUACUGCUGGAACUGAGUACUGUUGGUCUCCUCAAGAUAAUGGUGAUUUCAAAGGGAAAAACGACGUUGAUUGCUGCAUUGACGGAAGUUUCUCCUACAUCGAUAACCACAGUCUUCGUUACCAGAAAGGAAGUAAUCCAACUCUUUCGAAAUGCGUUUCGAUUGCUGAUAUGCCAUCUGUAAAAUACAGUGAUCUUAAUGAAAAGAAACUCCAAGUUAGAGAUGAUUGCGCUGGAGUAUCUUUUGCUUAUUCACAAGCUUCUCAGACAUUGAAAUUCAUUGGCACAGACUAUUGUGUCAGCAUGAAUUCAAACAACAAGUUUAUCUUGCUCGAGAAAUGCACUUCCAUGCAAUUCAUCAUCUCUAGAGGAUUUUGCCAAUACAACACUUCAAAGCCAGUUGCAGAUUCAACUCAGCCUACAGUCUCAUCAAGCACUAGUGACAACGAUUCAACUCAGCCUACAGUCUCAUCAAGCACUAGUGACAACGUGACUGUCGCGAACCCAUUUCCUGUAAUAUAUGACGGUGAUCCUGUGCAUGGUAACUGGGCCCAGUGGACACAAUGGUCUUCUUGUUCGGUAAAUUGUGGAAAUGGAACGCAUGAGCGAACCCGUUACUGUGACAAUCCUGCUCCUAAAAAUGGUGGAACGGAUUGUGUCGGUACCAGCAAGGAAACCAAACCAUGCAUUUUGCCAUCAUGCUCAGGGACGGCCCUUUCUGCUGCUGGAAGCAACUGUGCUACACUGUGUCAAUCCUUAGGGCUCGUUUGUACAACUUCUAUCAACACUGGAAACUCUAAGGAAAGCUUGAUCAAAAUCGGCGCAGCAUGUUCUUCUGACGAAAGUGCAAAAGUAUGGACGAAAGAGUUCGAGCCUGCUUAUGCCACAACAAGCGACAAAUGCACUGGUUAUGUUUCCGUUCCACUUUCGGUUAAAUGUGAUGUUACAGCACCUGCGUUGGUAAAAAGACUUUGUAACUGCGUCAAAAACGAAGACAAAGGGUUUGGGCAAUGGACACCAUGGUCGGAAUGUACAGUCACAUGCAGUGGAGGCACGAAAGCGAGAACGAGACUCUGCAUCGCUGUUAAUGCGACCAAAGACGACUGCCAAGGAGUUACAACAGAGGUUUCUGAGUGCAAUACACAAAAGUGCCCUGUUGAUGGUGGAUUCUCUGAAUGGUCAAAAUGGACGACAUGCACGAAGUCAUGUGAUGGUGGAACACGAACCAGAAAUCGAACAUGCAGUGAUCCAUUUCCAAAUUACCAUGGAAUUCAAUGUUAUGGCAGCUAUAGGGAAACAGAGCUCUGCAAUCUUGCCUUUUGUCCAAUAAAUGGUGGAUGGACGGACUGGACAUCUUGGCAGCAUUGUAACAAGCCUUGCAACACAGGAGAACGUCUUAGACAACGCUGGUGCGAGAACCCGUUGCCAAUGUAUGGCGGUAAAGUAUGCGAGGGAAGUGGCACAGAAACUGAUCCAUGCAACACACAUAUUUGCCCAAAUGUUUCAAUAACGUUAAGGAAUGUUGCCUUUGAUGAAGUUUGGAAAGAUGGGUAUGCAUUGGCAUCAGGAGCUAUGUUUGCGGAUUUUGCAAGAAAUAUCGAUACAAAUGUCAAACGGCUAUACGUUGGAGAUUUGGGAAGCACGUAUGAGUUUCUUCAGCUCCAUGGUCUAAGAAAAGGAAGUGUGAUUGCCUCAUUCACUUUGUAUUUCAAUGCGCUUGAUUCGUUCCAAGCUCUGUUCCUAAUGGAUGCUAUUGACAACGAUCAUUAUCUCGGCAAACUACCAAUUGUCGAAAAUAAAACCGCAAGUUUUUCAUCACCGAUAGUUCCAUCGAGUCCCCCGUCAAAUGUGACAGCGGCCAGCAAUGACGCCAGUUCCAUAGAUGUUUCCUGGAAUGAAGUUCCGAGCUCGGAUCAAAAUGGUGUAAUUACCGGCUAUUUGGUGUUUUACCGGGAAUCAUCAGCUACGACAUACACAAUUGCUGCAACAGCGCAGCUCAAACUAAAGAUUCAAGGGCUGUCUGCUGCUACCAGUUAUUCAUUGCGAGUGCUGGCAUACAAUUCAAAUGGAAAUGGCAUUGCUAGUGAACUUAUCACAUUAACAACUAGAGAAAAAGCACCAAGUCUUCCGCCGCAAUCAAUAUCAGUUGUUCCUAUGAGUGCCUUUUCAUUGUUUGUUGAAUGGACACACCCUCCAUGGCAUAGCUGGAAUGGCAUCAUUGCUGGCUACAAAGUUGACAUUAAGUCAGAUGACGGCAGCUUCUCCCAAUCUCUGAAUGUUGAUGGAACAAUGGUUAACAUGAACGUAAAUGGAUUAUCACCAGAUAGGUUGUACAUCGUCGAUGUAUGUGCAUCGACCUCCGUUGGCACCGGUCCCUGCAUACGAUCUUACAAUGAGACGUUUGUUAGCACUCCUUCAAUAUCUCCAGCCAAUGCAGGAUGUCAGAACAGAACCUCAACAAGCAGCAUAAUUGUCAGUUAUGAGCCAAUUCCAAUUGCAUUUAUUCAUGGAAUUUUAAAAGGAUAUCGAAUUGAAUACCGUCUGAUGAGUGUAGGAUCACAGUCGAAAUCAAACAGUAAUAUACAGGCUGUGACUGUGAGUCCAUUCAGAAAGCAAGCAACUCUUGAAAAACUUGAACCAAACAGCGUCUACGAGAUUCGUGUCAUGGCCGUCAAUGAGCAUGGUGCAGGAGUAAAAUCGCCUGUAUUUUAUGGAGAAACGUGUUCAUGUCCUGAGGUUAUUUAUACAAAUUACGCUGCCUUAAAACCGUAUAUUUACCGUGACACUCAAGGUAACAUGGUAGGAAUUUUCGAGAACCUGUUAAAAAAUAUCACCUCUGCUAUUUGUGGAUUAUGCAACGGCAGAAGCAGCAGAAUUGAUUUCAUAAACGACGGCAAAAAUGGAUGGGCAGAAAAGCAAAGUAUUGCACAGGUUGCUAAAGCAAUUGAUGAUUAUGUACACUUAAGUUUUGCUAUUGCCGGAAGAGAAGAGAUGCCAACAUUUCUUGGAAAACCGUACAGUUCCUUGAUCGACCAUCCUGGAAUGGUUUUAUAUACCCCGAGGCCAACUAUGUCGGAGCAGGUGGAGGCAAUGUUGACGUCAAUCUUUCAGCUUUGGCCGAUAUUCAUUCUCAAUGCUGUUUUCAUUAUUUUUGCCGGUGUCAUUUUCUUUACACUGACAUACGAUGAAGCUGCUGUAGAUGGACCCUGUUGGUUCGUAUCAGGAUCACUUAGAGGAAUGUAUUGGGCCUACGUCACCAUGUUUACUCACGGAUAUGGCGAUAUUGUGCCCAGUUCGAUUGUCUCUCGCAUCUUUGCAGUUCUAUGGAUUCUAGUAGGCCUUGUAACCUCGGCAAUUCUAAUUGGUGGAAUAAGCACAGCAUUGACCGCCUCGAGUACGCUUCCAGGCGUAAAGCUGUACAACACCGAGCUUGCAGUUGUGCAAGGUUCUAAAGAAGAAAUCGUCGGAAUUUUGAGAAACGCCAAAGUGAACACAAAGGGCCAAUAUGGGAAAACAGAAGAUGUAUUUCAUGCAUUAAAGGAAAGACAAGUUGAAGCAGCCCUGGUUGAUGCCUUUGUAGCAGCAAGUCGAUCAGAUCUGUUUGAAGACCAGGCGAUAAUUGCUCGAAAAAUGAUCAAAUAUUCUUACACCUACGGAGUUGUAUUAUCAGGAGCGAUGAAGAACACAGGAACAAGCAUAAAAAAUUACGUUUCUGAUAAUCGCCAGUACAUUACGCAAAUGGUGGAGAAAACAGCGCCUCAGUUGACGGGAACCUUUGCUUAUCCACAACCGGUAUCACUGUUUGAGCCGUCAUCUCCUUUCCUGAGUCAAACUCUCAUUGCCCUAUUCAUUGUUUACAUCCUUCUCUUCAUCGCUGGAUCCAUCUUCAGUUAUGUUAGACGAAGAAAAAGGGGAAAAGUAGACGUCACGCAACAAGGUGAACUGGAAAAUGUCAUAGAUUGUGAGGUGAUCUGCAAAAGAUUCUUUAGUGACAUCGACACGCUUUGUAGCAGGCUGGACUCAUUAACCAAACUUCACGAAAGAAACAUCAACAAGGUCAAAUUACGGCAAAGCAAAGAAGAAGCAUUAAAAAUAACGUUUGUAAAAACACAAAACAAUGACACAACUGAUGUUUCAUUGGAGUGAAUUGUAAAUAAUUUGCUGCGACGAAGUUGCUCUGUAGAAAAGGCAAUUGAAGACAAUGUACAUAAUAUGUGAAAGAAUGCCAAAAAUCUGAUGCACUGUAAAUUAUCAAAGAUUGUUUAAAAAUAGCCUGACGCUUAAACACUAUGUCAUCUUUAUGCAUUAAUUUAAACAGUCAUGCGCUAUCACGUGACAUAUCGCUAUUCAUGGGAACAGGAUUUUUGACCUGACAAAACCUUCUUGUCUAGCUAAAAUGGCGUUUUGCGUUUCGGAAUAUUAUUCGCAAGAUUGUGAAAAUUGGCUUUUCCAAAAUGUUUGGAAUUUUCUAGAUGUUUAAAAUAUUCAUAAUGUAUAAUAUAUCAUGUUUUUCCAUUUUUCUGUCAUUUUUUAUUCUUCCCCGCAAAACAAUUAAAUGUUAGGACUUUAGGCUUAGCACAUAUGUGGUUCGUGCAAAAUGUGAUCAAAGCAGGAAUUCAAACGAGUACCAUCCCUCCGCUGUCUCUCUUUUAAACUACAUUGUAAGGAUUUGUCAAGUCCAGGGUUGUAGCACAAGAUCAACUGCAUGCGCUUUAACGGUCUUCUGCAUAAAAUUUUUACAUCGAUGUCAAUUUUGAACUACUUAUCUUUUUUUGGCUUUGAAAUCCAUUCGACGAAUAAAUAUAAACCCGUCGCUAUGUUUACUUCUCGCCGCAGCCUGUCUCCCACCCAUUUUACUGAAUGCAGCAACAGGUAGAUAGACAUUAUAGAUCAGAAUACGAAAUGAUAAAGUUAUAUGCAAAAGAGCGUAGAUAUAUGCUUUACAGAAUUUUAAAAGUUUACAAUUUUUAUGAAGCUAAAAAGUCAGAAAAUGACAAAAAGAAAGAGAUUGGUAAAAAUUGACAGGAAAGUUUUGAAAAAUUGGAAGUUCAACCUUGAAAUUGGUGAAUGGUAUAUUCUUAUUGAUAUCGAACAAAAUAUUUCAGACGGCUAGAUACAUUUAAGUAAUUAAUAUACAAGCCAAAAACUCAUUAAAAAGAUAAUUAUCAUCAAAGCAUAAUCACUGAUAUAUUUUUGUUUUGGAGCCAUUGAUGAUUGGUAUGCCUAAUCGUUCUUCUUAAACUACUCUGUUUAUAAAAAAUGCCGUAUGAAAUUUGAUUAUUUAUAUCAAAGAUCGUUUUUAAAAGACCUUCAACCAAAUCAAGCGUGAAAUGUGAAAUAAGGCAAGACCCGACUAAGGAUGCUUCUGUUAGCGCGCAAUAGAGAACUUGUUCUGGGCCAACACCAUGGCAAGGUAUGACGGCAAGUCUCGUUACACAUUGCCUUUAACAACCUUAGGGUUGCCAUGGGGUAUCCAUUUGCCGAUAGAAGCAUGCUGAAAAAAUUGUGGGCUAUGCCUGUUUUUUAGCCAGGAAAAAUCAGUGGCACAUUAGUGUUGACUAGUGCAGUCUUAAUUGCAAAGUUGGCCAACAAGCUUUUUCAUUUAAUUGAUGUUCCUGCUAAAUCACUUUUCUGUGUCUGGUAACUGUUUGGUUAUGUGCGAUUGGUGACGCAGUUUUGCAUUAUGCAAUAUCAAAGUGACACACUAUGUUUUUGGCAUUGGGCAGACUUAACUGAAGAGCUAUGUACGUCAACUUUGGCUCUAGUUUUAAGUUCUAAGGAAUCUAAUUUAUAAUUCUUUUCAAGAGAUAUUAAAAUAUGUUUACUAUAAUUCUCAAUUGAUAUAUCAGAAUCAUUUACAUUCGGGAAUAAAGGCGAAAACAGCUGCAAGUACCAGCCGAUUAUCAAUUAAAUGAUGGAAAGCUACCAAUGGACAUCGAUUUUUAAUGAAGCAAUUUUGUCCAUUUUGUAAACUAUAUUGAAAAAAUCUAAUUAAAAAUUAAGGUUCACGAUUGGUAUUCUAUUCACUUUUGAGCAAUACUAUUAAAUAUUUCUAGUUGCUUUAAAGUCUGUCAAAAAUUGAAAGCAAUGAUUGAAAAGCUAAACGGGGGUAAUCUUUAAAACUUGCUGAUUGUAUCGGGAAAUA